AUGGAGCGCUGGAACGCGUCCUACAAGCAUCUGCUGGAGCAGUCCGACGAGCGAGAGGAGCUUACCCCCGCGGCGCCGGAAUGGUACCUUCCUGACGACGAGCGCACGAGUCUCUAUUCCUGCCUCAUACACGGCCUCGGGACGGUGCGAGCCGACUUUAUCGAGGACCUGUGUGACUACAUGGCGUCGCCGGAAGACUUAGAUGGGCUGGUGGAUGCUUCCUACUUGGAAUCUAUCAGAAAGGGUAGUGCCGAUCCUGGAGAGCUUGAGCUCUAUUCUGCGUCCAAGCUGCACAACUGGAACAUCGAGAUCAAGACCCUUAGCACCGACUGCAAGGUAGUAUCGACAUUCGUGUACACUGUUGACAAACCUGACAAGGUGGUCCAGCUUGUACGCAGCGGUGCAUUCUUCGCAGUAAAUGUAGACGGCUACUUGCUUUAG